GUAAUUCACCUCUACCGGUAAUCCAUGCCCUGCCUCCUUCCACAUGAACAUGUAGAUAAGAAGGAGUAAAAAACAUAUUACAGAAUUUAGAAAGUAUUAAUCCUGCUGAGACAGUGUAUUGGCUAAAGGAUAGGCUUACUAAGUACAGGACCAAGAAUGGACAGAGGACUUCUCUUUGUGGUCUCUAUGGUGAUGGGCUGUCUGGCUCCAGGUGUUAGUGGAAACGGACAUCUCUCGUUUGCCAAUAAUACGGAGGUGCAUAUCACACGGACAGGCUGUGGAUUAAUUAAACUGUGUGUAGAGACCCCAGAACAAUGUGAUCCUACAGGAGAAACAGGCUGCCUCUUCGCUUCCAUAGUCACCACCGCCCCCUCUUCUCCUAAUGGAGUAGACCUGUUAGUUGAGCUCGUUGGGGACUCCAGUGGAUACAUUGCUCUAGGACUGACUGCCAACGAGACAGAGGGAACAUCUAUGGUUUUUAUCUGUGCCCAGAACAGAAAUGGCAGUUUCUUCUUCCGCUCUGCCCAGCGCAACAACCUCAACAACACAAUUUCUCUGACACAAAGGAUUGUGAAAAACAUCACUGGCUCAGUCAAUGGGACUGUCAUCCAGUGUAAAUUCAGAGUGCCAGCGGUUAAUGCACCGACCAGGACCAGUCACGUCACCACCUUCGCCACCUUCCUCGCUGUGGGAAAUGUCACAAACGGUAUGGGUAUUGGUGACAUCAACAUACGCUUGACCAAUAAGCCAUUGAACCUGGCUGACCCUACCAGCAACGUUGCAACAGCAGGCAGCAGCGCACUCACAUCCCAAGCUGUGAUUGUCCUGCUCAGUGUGCUGAUGUAUCGUCUUUCCUGAAGAGAACCUGAAGGUUAGCCAGCUUCAACACCAGUGGAAAGAUAACCCUUUUACCCUAAAUAUUUGAAGGAAAAUUGACUCAGUAUCUCAGAUGAAUUACUGUUACGUGCAAUGAAAUGCUACUGUUAGUACAACUGCUAAUGUGGGAUCUUGGUCAUUUAAAUGUGUGUGAAAGGGAACAAUUAGAAAGUACGUAUGCUACAGUAAAAGGAAUUAAUUGGUUCAUAA